AAUCAGGGAGUUGUUCCAAAAAAAAGUCGAAUGCCUAAGGAAAAUGUUGUGGGAUCUAAGAAGUGGCAAAAUUGUUCAGACACUUGAGACCAAAUCCCCUGUCACCAGUGCUGAAGUGAGUCAGGAUGGCCGCCAUAUAACCACUGCUGAUGGAUCUCAUGUUAAGUUUUGGGAUGCAAAUCAUUUUGCAUUGGUUAAAAGCUACUACAUGCCAUGCAGUGUAGAAUCAGCUUCAUUGGAACCAAAGCAUGGCAAUAAGUUCAUUGCUGGAGGUGAAGACAUGUGGGUCCAUUUGUUUGAUUUCCAUACUGGAGAAGAGAUUGGUUGCAACAAGGGUCACCAUGCAUGGUCCUGUCCACUGUGUAUGUUCCUCACCUGGAGGGGAAUCCUACGCUUCAGGAUCUGAAGAUGGUACCAUUAGAAUAUGGCAGACAGGCUCGGGGAAUCAUGAAAAGAAUGAUUCAGUACCUCCAAAUGGACCUAGUGGGAGAGUGAAGGCUAGCUGUGGCUGCUGAGGUCACUGGUAAGAUUAAGAGUGGCUUUCAUAUCGGCAGGGAAGGGGAGAGGGUAACGCUAUAUAUGCAUGACAUUCAUAUAUUUAUGACUUAAUUCCUUCCAACUUGUUGACUAAUAAGAAUGUUAUUCAUCACCUUGUUAAAAAUUUAAGAAGGAAAAAGUAUCUAAGACCCUACUAUAAAGCUUUAUUCCACCACCUUGUCUUAGACUGCAUUUAUCAAAAACUUUGCCCGAACUCUCUGACAUUC